AUGCAUUUGUCCAAGCUGACUGCCUUUGCCGCUCUUGUCGCUAGCGUUAUCGCCAGCCCGGCCCCAGCCCCGGCACCGUCCCCAGAUGUCGACACAAAGUUGCUCGCCAAGAGAGCAGAGGGUAUCCAUCUGCUCAACUGUGUCACCUACUCGACUGUUGUUUACUGCGCCAACGAUAGCAACUGCAACUUCAACCCAGGCGCAGGCAAUGCGUGUAGCCCUGGUUCGGGCGUUUUCCACUGGGAGGGCGGUUCGCAUUCCUGCACGUUCGGGGGAACUGGUGUGACCUUCACAUGGGCCAUCGACUCUAACGCUCAGUCGUAUCCCAACUUCCAGAAGGCUGGCACUGGAAGCAACGGCUUCCACAACUUCAACUGCUUCAAGGAUGACCAGCACGUCAUGUACACUGACGGAAACGGGCAUGCUUGCCGAAGCAUCUACUAUUGUCUUGAUCAACUAGGCCUAAAGUUCUAG